ACUGACUGCUUCUUCAUCAUGGAUGCACAACACAUAAGGAUGGCCCUGCUGGGGAAAACUGGAGCUGGGAAAAGCAGCUUGGGCCAAAUGAUACUUGGAGAGCCUGUGUUUAAGAUCGAUGAUAGUGCAAACUCUGGAACAAGUAAAUGUCAGAAAGAAACCAGACAAGUUGGUGGAGGAUCCAUCACUGUGAUUGAUACUCCUGGUUUCUUUGACAAUCGCAGGUCUGACGAUAAGCUGAAGUCUGAGAUGAUAGAUUCUCUCAUAGAGUGCUCUGAUGGGCUUGAUGCUUUCCUCAUUUUACUUAAAGUUGAGAAAUUCACUGAGCAUGAGAACGAGGUUGUUUCCAGGAUAACAGGGUAUUUUUCCGAGGAAGCUUUCAAACACGCUGUAGUUGUCUUCACUCACGGUGACCAGCUUCCUGACAACAUGAAGAUUGAGGACUUUGUCGGUGGAAAUGAGCGUCUGUGUGGUCUCUUGGAGAAAUGUGGGAAACGCUGCCACGUUGUUGAUAACAAGUACUGGAAGAACAACCAGCAGGAUGAAUACAGAAACAACAAGGUCCAGGUGGCAAAGCUGCUCGAGUCAGUAAAACAAAUAGCGGCGAGUAGAGGGCGCUACACCAAUGAGACGCUGCGAGCAGUGAAGAAAGCAAUACAACAGGAGGAAGAGCGCAUUAGAACGUCAAAAAAAGGCAUGUCGCCAGAAUUUAUCACGCAGCAGGCAAAGAGCAAGGUCUCAGAUCAUCUCAAGAGAGCAGCUGUCAUCACUGUAGGAGUAUUGGGGGGAGGUCUACUGGGUACAGCAUUUAUGGUUAUAGCAGUUCUCGCAAAACUUAAGUGAAUGUAAGCAGGCGGAGGAGCCAGAGCAUCUGGUGUAGAUGCAGGAGUUGGUGCUGCUGUAGGUGCAGCAGUGGGAGGUUAUGUAGGGUAUCAAGAAGCUGAUAAAGCAGACUCAGUAGGGGAGGCAGUAAAGAACACAGCUAAGGCUGUCAUCAAGCCAGUUAUGGAAAUGCUAAAAAGCCCAAGACAACUGCAAAGUGAGAUGGAAAUGGUGCUUGAUUUAAAAAAUAAAAUAAAAUACAGAUUGCAAUUGAGCUUUGCACCACUCAGAUCAAUAUUCCCAUCUAGAGGAUUGUUGGGCUGCCAUGACGACACAUAGGUAUCAAGAUCAAGAAUUGUUUGUGAGGCUUUAAAUUGACGGCCUUUGUCUAUUUAUCAGCAUGUCUGUGUUCUUCUGGUGACUCUGUUCACCUAGAUGAUGUUUUUAGGAUCCUUCGAGGACUCUGUGGUUUAAUCAGAUCAUGUUGGCAUUUUCUGUUUUUCUACCUUCCUUGGCUACAUGUUUUUUUAUUAUUAUCCAAUCAUGAGUACGUGAAGGAAUACGC